AUGCCGGCAACAGUCUUGCUAGUCGCUAUUAUUUUUAUUGGGGCUACCUGUGCACAAACAGGUGAAAAUGCUAAAACAUUAGUCAUAGAUUUGUUCACUACAAAUAGUUAUCAAAAGAAAGUUCGCCCAGUCAGAGAUCAGGAUGAUAUGAUUGUGCUUUUGGUCGAUUUUUAUUUAGUUGGGAUAAACGGAGUAGACGAAGCCGCACAAAGACUCACUACUACUGGUUAUUUGAGCACACUAUGGAAAGAUCAAUAUCUGGAAUGGGAUCCAGCACUUUAUGGUGGAGUGAUAAGUAUAAAUGUCCCACAGAGUUACGUGUGGAAACCAGCACUUGCAUUGCAAAAUGGAUUUACCAAGCUGCAGGAAUUGGGCAGUAGUGUAAUCAAUGUUAAUAUCAAUAUAUCCGGACAUGUGAUAUGGGAACCUUAUGAAGUUUUUGAAUCAAAAUGCAACAUUGACGUAAAAUAUUUUCCGUUUGAUCACCAAACAUGCAAUAUAUCGUUUAUUGACUGGUCCAAUAAUGCAUUCGAGGUAGAAAUUCGUGAGGGAACUUACGGAAUAAUUACAGCUGAGUUAGAAGACGAUGCUGUAUGGACUGUAAUCUCAACAAAGUUGUAUCAUGACACAUUUGACUUGGAAUCUAGGUUAACAUACUCUGUAACGAUUAAGCGAACUCCAGGAUUUUAUGUUUUAAACAUAAUCGUACCUGUUAUAUUACUUGGCGUUCUAAAUCUCUUCACCUUUGUUCUCCCAGCAGACAGCGGAGAGAAGAUGGGAUAUUCCAUCACCGUUUUUCUGUCAUUUGCGGUAUUUUUGAUAAUAGUUAAUUCUGAACUUCCAAAGACGACAGGAUCCAUUUUUGGACAGUACAUGAUAUUUCAGUUAGGAAUUGCGUUGUUUACGGUGUGCGUUACUGCAAUACAACUACGCUUUCAUUACAGAACUGAUCCAGUCCCUCGUUUAAUAUCAGGUUUAAUGGCGUGUCGGUGCAAAAGUAAAAGAAAAAUCACCGAUAGGAAUGAAAACGGAAAACUGGAUAGAGAUACAGACGAGAGUAAAUUAGAAGAAACAUGGAAGGACGUUAUUUCUAUUUUAGAUUUCAUUCUCUUUUGGAUCUCUUUUUUGGUUGUUCUUUCUUUUACAAUAGUUGUAUUUGUUAAAUUGAGCUAAAAUAAUGUUCUCUCAAAUCAACUUAUGCUUGUUUUGAAAUUAAUUUACUGAUAUUUAUACUUUCUUAUGUUUUGUAAAUUCUCAUGUGCCUUAAAUCUUAAGUAGAAAGUGUAAUAGAACAGAAAGUAAAAUAAAAAACUUCUUAAAAGUGCUUCAGUAAUACAUGUAUCUCUUAUUUUUUCCCGAUGUAGCCUAUGUUAAAACUUCAAAAGUUGAAAAAAAAACAUAUAAAAUGAGGUCUAUAACGCCAUCUCUUUCACAGUAUUUGGAAAUUUGGACUUGUAGUUAUUCACAGUGUAAUAUUUCAAAAGUUCGAAUCCCAGCUAUCUGAAAUCCAGUAUUGUAAAAUAAAAAAAAACAAUGUUUUUGUAAUGUGAUAAUUCACAUAUUGAAUUACACACUUGAAUGACGAGAAUCAAGAGCACCAAUUCCAAAAGCAACGUCUUUAUACAAGAUUGGACUUAUACAUUUCCUGCUAAUAAUUGUUUUGUUGUUUAUUUGUAUUUGAUUAAAAUAAAAUUGCCAGUUUA